AUGGAUUAUUCAAAGUAUGAUUUCAAGGACUCCACCGAGCUGUACGUCCACCUUUCAAAGAAGGGCCUCUCCAAGGAGGUUGUAAAGAGCAUCAGCAAGAUGAAGGACGAGCCGCAGUGGAUGCUUGACUUUAGGCUGCGCGCCUAUGAGACCUUUAUGAAGAAGCCCAUGCCCAACUGGGGGGCCGAUCUCAGCUCGAUAGAUUUUCAGAACAUAUACUACUAUGCAAAGGCAUCCGAGAAGACAGAGAAGAACUGGGAUGACGUUCCCGAUGAUGUCAAGAACACAUUUGACAAGCUGGGAAUCCCCGAGGCGGAGAAGAAGUUCUUGGCCGGCGUCGGAGCCCAGUACGAGUCCGAGGUGGUGUACCACAGCCUGCGAGAAGACCUGCAGAAGCAGGGCGUGCUGUUUCUGGACACAGACACCGCGCUAAAGGAGCAGCCAGAGAUAUUUAGAAAGUACUUUGGAAAGAUAAUUCCCCCCGAGGACAACAAGUUUGCGGCACUCAACAGCGCCGUAUGGAGCGGUGGCUCGUUCAUCUACGUGCCCCCUGGCGUAAAGGUCGACAUGCCACUACAGGCAUACUUUAGAAUCAACGCCGAGAACAUCGGACAGUUUGAGAGAACCCUGAUAAUUGCCGACGAGGGCUCGGAGAUUCACUACAUAGAGGGGUGCACCGCACCUGUCUACUCCUCAGAGUCACUGCACUCUGCCGUGGUGGAGCUUGUGGCGCACAAGGACGCCCGCCUGCGAUACACGACGAUCCAGAACUGGAGCAGCGACGUAUACAAUCUGGUAACAAAGCGCGCCUAUGCAUACGAGGGAGCCAACGUGGAGUGGAUCGACGGCAACAUCGGAAGCAAGGUCACCAUGAAGUACCCGGGAAUCUACCUUCUGGGACGGCGGGCCUACGGCGAGACGCUGUCCAUCGCAUUUGCGGGGAAGAACCAGCACCAGGACACCGGAGCAAAGAUGGUGCACCUGGCACCGGACACAAAGUCAAAGAUCACCUCAAAGUCGGUAAGCCGCCUCAACGGACGCUCCACAUACAGGGGCCUGCUCAACGUGGCAAAGGGCGCCACCGGCGUCAAGGCCACGGUAAGAUGCGACGCGCUGCUGCUAGACGACACCUCCAAGACCGACACGUACCCCUACAUGGAGAUCAACCAAGAGGACGCCACCAUCACCCACGAGGCCACGGUGGGCAAGAUAGGCGACGAGCAGAUAUUCUACCUCAUGACCCGGGGAUUCACCGAGGAGGAGGCGCUCAGUCUCAUAGUAAACGGAUUCAUGGAGCCGUUCACCAAGGAGCUCCCCAUGGAGUACGCAGUGGAGCUGAACCGGCUGAUAAAGCUGGAAAUGGACGACUCGGUAGGCUAG